AUGUCGAACUCGCCCAGUAUUACGGUCGACUCACCGAGCGUACCACGGGACAGCGUCUCGGCUGCAGACUCAUCGUUGAGCCCAUCCCACAUCGCAGCCGUCGGCGCGUUCGUCUCCCCACCGAGGUCUCGCAGUGUCUCCGGCUCCGGUUCAGCUGUGGAAGACGACCCAUCCCACCCGCACCCUGGCAUCCAUCGCUCCCCACAGGACCGAUCGGACUCACCGUCAAGACCAUCAAGACCUUCCAACGUUUUGCCGGCGCAGAUUCGAUCUGUGUCGAGACCGUCACCCGUUGUGCCGUCGCCUUCGGUUCCGAGCUCGCCUGCUUCCUUCUCGCGGCCGACCUCGCCAAGACCGACGCCGGGGCGACAUGGGUAUUCCCAGGACGACGCGACCUCACCGACAAGGGAGAGAGUUCAUUCUCAUCCUCAUCAUCCCCACCAUGAAUUGCACGCCCCCGUCGCGUCGAACCCCAUCAGUCGAACCAACUCGGGCCUCGAUCUGUCCCAUAUCUUUGAGCGAGGUGGGUGGGGAACACGUUCCGAUGAGUCGGACCUUGCUGGCUCGCUAUGCCAUGGUGACUGACCCCCGAUUGUUGGUAAUUCUGUCUCACCCUGGCAGAUGUCGAGUUCAACGCGACACAUCAAAUCAGCCCUCAGGAGGCGGUCGACGUCGCCGUCGCUCCUGUGCUCGACGAAGCCGUCGUGGCCUUAUCCUCGCCUGGGAUGACACCCGACAUCGCCUCACUCGUGCACGACUCGGAAGAAGCCGCACUAGUGGGCUCAGGCUGGUCCUCGCCCAUUCAUGCGGUCGCGAUUCCCUCCUCGUCCUCGAUUGGUCUCGGCCCUGACGCGUCGGCGUCGCGAUCACCCGUGCGAAGUUCCCAAAUGCGAUCCUUUUCCCCCGACUCGACCAGCGACAGUGCAAGAGGCGCGAGUCCUGAAAGUGUCGCCAGCUUCAGUGUCGGCACCCCACCCGACGACCGCUCGACCUUUGUCCCCUUCUCGCAAACCCUUUCCGAGGCGCUCGAGCAAGAGGCCCAGAAACGGCACCCCUCCGAGAUGGGACCGACCUCGUCGCCUCCUCUAGCGGCCGGGGUGAACAAGCUCGUGCCUCCCGUGCCUUUCUCCCUGGCGGCCGGUGGCGGAAAUUUACACGAUGCAGCAGGCGCGCAGAUUUCGCCGAGUCCGUCAUUCAACGCUUUGGCUGGUGUCAAGGACGAGCGUCGCCGACUGUCAUUCGUAUCCUAUGCGGGUAAGUCAAGUGGAAACAAUAUUCCUAGGCUAUGUGUACUUACUUGAUUUGAUUCGUCAGACGUAAUCAAUGAGGAGCGACUCGCCGAGUUGACGGGCGCGCCGCAGGGAGGCGAGCCGACGGAGAAUGCCGUGGACCUAGCUACGGUGCUGGACCGCUUGGACUUGGCGAGUCAAGAGAGCCAUUGA